AUGGCGAAAACGUAUCCCUUUCCAGACAGUGUCCAUGUCUCCAGCUCCGUCACCCUAAAGCUGAGCGACAACAACUACCUGAUGUGGAAGACUCAGUUCAAAUCGUUGCUCUCGAGUCAAAAACUCAUGGGUUUUAUCAAUGGAGUCGUCCCUGCUCCAGCAAAGACUCGCCUCGUCGUUAAUGGUGAAGUCUCCAGUGAAGUGGCCAAUCCUCAGUAUGAGGCUUGGUUUUGUACCGAUCAGCUUGUCAGGUCUUGGCUGUUCGGAACCCUCUCUGAAGAGGAGUUGGGUCAUGUUCACAGCAUCACAACGUCUCGUGAUGUCUGGCUUGCUCUGGCAGAAAACUUCAACAAGAGUAGCGUUGCCAAAGAGUUCUCUCUUCGUCGAAGUCUCCAGCUUCUGUCAAAGAAGGACAAGCCACUUUCCACCUAUUGUCGUGAGUUCAAGUCGAUCUGUGACUCUCUAAGUUCUAUUGGGAAACCGGUUGAUGAGUCUAUGAAGAUCUUCGGUUUUCUGAAUGGAUUAGGUAGAGAGUAUGACCCCAUUACAACCGUCAUACAGAGUUCCUUGAGCAAGUUGCCAGGUCCGACCUUCAAUGAUGUCAUCACAGAAGUUCAAGGCUUUGACUGUAAGCUACAGUCGUAUGAUGACACCUCUGUCACUCCUCAUCUGGCCUUUAUGACAGAGAAGACCAACCCGUGUGCUCCCCAGUUCUCUCCACAUCAACGAGGUCGUGGUUGCUCUGGUCAAAACAGAGGAAGAGGAGGUUAUUUAACAAGGGGAAGAGGUUUCCCACAACACCAAUCCUCCUCUCACUCGAAUGGAGAAAGGCCAAUAUGUCAGAUUUGUGGUCGCAUUGGACACACAACCAUCAAGAGCCUGGCAUUCACCAUAAGAUAUCUUGUCCCUACACCCCACAACAAAAUGGGGUUGCAGAGAGGAAACAUAGACACUUAG